UAAUCUGUGAUUUCUAAUUUAUCAAUAUCUUUUUAACAAAUUGUACCUUAGGAUACAAGAAGUGAGUUUUUUAUAUUAAAGCAAUUCCUAUUUUGUGACAGAGUUAACAGGGAACGAAUUAAUUAAAUAUCUACCAUCAUACCACACCCAAGCCCUGUGAAAAAUAUACAUUUCAAUUAAGUGCACUUUGUGAUGUGUACAUACGUGGUUGAAUAUAAAUUUCGGUAAAAGAUACGUUGAAUUUACGUGAUAUUAUCCGAUUUCCCAUUAACUUAUAAUAUAACAUGGGUGGUCUUGUAUAUCAAACCCUUUAAAAUUGCACAAAAUGUAUGACUCAAAAGUGGACACCAGGAUUGAUCUCGACAGUCAGUUGCCACCAGCACCACAGACUAAAUUAGAACAAUGGAUGAGCAGUAAUGAAGACAAGGCGCUCCAACUCGAGCAGUUUAUAUCACACAGGAAAAUUAUAAGACGAUGGAACCGGCUGUCCAGAUUUCAGAGAUCGUUGGCGUACGGGCUGUUGAUUGUUGGACUCACUAUAGCUAUUCUGCUGUAUACUUCGAAGGCUAGUAACUCCGAAGAUAAACCUAAGAAACAAGUGGAACAGGAUUCUCUGAAGAAUUCAUCUCUAGUCAUGGAGUCGGCUAUUAAUGCUGUGCUCAUUAAGAAGACUGUAAUGGACAGUGAUAUGUUUGAAAGGCCUAUUUUUACCGGUCCAAGCAACGCUCGCCAGUUCGCUGUGGUGGAGUCGUUCAAGCACGCGUGGAAGGGGUACAAGGAGCACGCGUGGGGCCACGACAACCUCAAGCCCGUGUCCGGGAUGCCCUACGACUGGUUCUCCCUGGGGUUGACCAUCGUCGACGGCCUGGACACCGCCUACAUCAUGGGACUCAAUGAAGAAUAUGAAGAGGGCAGGCAAUGGAUCAGCACUGAGUUGACGUUCACAAAGAACAAAGACGUCAACUUCUUCGAGGUGACCAUCCGUGUGUUGGGCGCGUUGCUGACCAAUUAUCAUUUCACACAGGACUCCAUGUUCCUUGAGAAGGCGAAGGACCUCGGAGAGCGGCUGAUGGGCGCGUUCUCGUCGCCGUCGGGCGUCCCGUACUCGGACGUGAACCUCGGCACGCGCGCGGCGCACUCGCCCGAGUGGUCGCACUACAGCACCACGGCCGAGGUCACCACUGUCCAGCUGGAGUUCCGCGAGCUCUCCCGGGCCACCGACAACCCGAUGUUCGAGGACGCGGCGGCGGCGGUGUCGGAGAAGAUCCACCAGCUGCCGAAGAAGCACGGCCUGGUGCCGAUAUUCAUAAACCCGAACACGGGCACUUUCCUCCCGCACGCCACCAUCACGCUCGGCGCGCGCGGCGACAGCUACUACGAGUACCUGCUCAAACAGUGGAUCCAGACCGGCAAGACCGUCAACUAUUUAUUGGAUGACUAUCUUUCCGCUAUAGAAGGCGUGCGAGAAUAUUUGGCAAAGCGCUCUUCGCCCAACAAACGACUGUUCAUCGGUGAAUUCUCUACGGGCUCCGAGACGUUCAACCCAAAGAUGGAUCACUUGACUUGCUUCCUACCGGGAACGCUGGCGUUGGGCCACUUCAACGGUCUGCCGGACUGGCACAUGGUGAUGGCGGAGGAGCUCCUCUACACGUGCUACCUCACCUACGCCGCGCACCCGACUUUCCUUGCGCCCGAGAUCACCCACUUCAACAUGGCUAGCCCGACGGAAGACAUGUACACGAAGACGGCCGACGCGCACAGUCUGCUGAGGCCGGAGUUCCUCGAAAGCCUGUGGUACAUGUACCAGAUCACCGGCAACAGCACCUACCAGGAGUGGGGCUGGCAGAUAUAUCAGGCACUAGAGAAGUACGCUCGCGUGGAGCACGGCUACUCGUCGCUCAACAACGUCAAGUCUGAGAAGCCCAUACCGAGGGACAUGAUGGAGUCGUUCUUCCUCUCCGAGACACUCAAGUACUUGUACCUACUGUUCGCCGACGAUCGCUACAUCGUCGACCUCAACAAGUACGUCAUCAACUCGGAGGCGCACCCUCUGCCCAUACACAAGCCGCCUACCAACGGGGUGGGGUUCUAAACCUCGCACCCUGAGCUGUUUGCCUCAUUGUAAGAGCAAUCAUAUAUAUUUUCUUAUUAAUUUUGCAAACAUUGUCUAUUCUGUUACUUGAGACUUUAUUAGCUGACCUUAAAGGCGUACGAGUAGUAGUCCUAUUCAAACGCUGGCUACAUUUAUUUUUUACUAUAAUAUUGAAGCGUUAGUAUCACAGAUUAACCAGAGUGAGUCUUUACAAGCGACGUACUGAAGUCGGUGAAAGCCAUUAAAAAAAACAGACCCCAUUUUUGAAUAAUAUUGAAAAUUACCGAUGCGAUGGUUCGUGUCGUACUGACUCGAGAAUGUUUUUGAAUUUCGUAUUUGUGACGGGCACGACACCGUCGUGUUCCGUACGCUCCAUCUGUAUAUUAUUCAUUUAUCUGAGGUUAAUAUUUACAUUUUUUGAUUGAUGUUUAUAUUGGAUAACCCACCACUGAAAAUUUUGCUUUUAAAGCAUAUUAUUUAUUGUUCUAAUUUGAAAAUCUAAACAAGCAGUAGAUGAAUUGUAAUUGUUCCGCCAUCACACCGACCCAAACAUUUGGAGACACUUUAAGAACAUUGUAAGGAAUUCUCAAGCUUGUGUACGAGGCACGUCUAAGUUAAGUUAUUUUUCGACAGUCUCCAUCCCUCUCGAUCCAGCUCCAUCCAGCUCUUUCGGCCACUUCUCCACCUCCCCCUUUACCUCCUCGCCUGUUGAAAACAUGUUCCCACUCAUGUGACACUCAUGUGAGCUCAAGAACGAGGUAGCGAAUGACGACACGAAUUUCACUUGGCGAGAGAUAUGAUCGAAAUUUUUCGCCAGAGCUGUGAGAGUACCAGUACACUUACUUUCUGGACGUGGCUCGUGUCACAAGGUUAUCUGGUGAGGAUGUUGCCACCCUUUUAAUAUAAUAUUUUACAAAAUAGCUCCAAGAUGGCGUUACUUCCAGUUUCGCAACCGUGUCAUAGUUUACCUAGUAGCAACAUUAUUUGACAAACUGCACAUACUCCACAAACAUUGACCCCAAUUUUUCAAAAUAAUAUCAAGAACUAUCAUCAGAUUUUUUCUGAUUUGCGUUUCGCUCUUUAUAAUAUAAACCUUAGUAGUUUUAUCGGGGGCAUAGACGAUAGAAGUUCUGCCAGAAUAAAGCCCAAGGACUGAAUUAAUUAGGGAGAGUGGAAUUUUUCUUUAACGGCUUCUCCUUUGAGACUCACGGCAUCUGUGGGCUGAUAUCGUAAAAAAUGGGGAUCUCUAGGAAAAAUUUGCAAAGUUUUGAUAUCGGGCUAGAGUUUUGUCAUCUUCAGAGUCGUAAAAAUUACCUAUUGUAAUGUCUAUAUCUUGUAAGAGUCUGUAAGUUGGGUCGGUGUUGUAAGAAAUCCUGCAACUAGUUUCGAUUUAACGCUUAAUCUUUGAUAUUUGAUAAGUUGAUUCUUGAACAUUCUCAUGAUAAAUUCUAUCGUGUAUCUAUUUAAUAAUCUUUCAAACUAACAAAAAAGUCUGAACUUUUCACUUUAUUGAUAUUAUUAAAAAAUAAAUAGUUAUAUCGAAGUUUCAAGGCAUUCGUAUCGCGACUAACGUUCACGUGUUUAUUAUUAGCGAAGAGAUGAUGUCUCUCGAGUGUAUGAUGAUAUGCCACCCAAUGAUGAGCUUAGCUUAUAUACUUACAAUAGGCAUAUAACUGUAUGUGUAUACAUUUAUAUACAUUUAUAUAUAAGAUUAAAUUUGAUGUUAAACGUAAAUAAAUGUAAGGGUUCCUAGUUAUCAAUUUACGCGUCGUCUCUUUUGGCAGAGUUGAUAUGAUUGCUCUAUUAUGUCAAUCUAAAUAUUAAAUUCGUUUGUUUUGCAUAUAUUAUAUCAUAAAUAGGGUGGAUAUACAUUUCAUUAUAGUUAGUCUCCGCAGUGACCAUACCCAAAAAAAAUCUCAAUUUCAAACUGAAAUAAAUGUCAAAAGGGACUUCGUGAAAAUUUCUUUAGUCUUAUUUGAAUGUUGUCGAAUCUGUUUGUUGCUUUUGUUGAAUCUAAGUUUCUAUCCUUAGAACAUGUUAUCUUCACCAAUGUUGAAUAAUUUUUGUGCCAAAUUUAGUACAAUAUAUAUUUUGUUACAUUCCGAGAGCCUGUAAUGUCAGUAACUUUCCAAGUCUUUUUGAGUCCCCGGUCGAGUCUCUAAUUUAUUUUUUCUACAUUUGUUCAGCUCUAUGGUAGGCUUCGACCGUCAUAAUAUGAUACUACGCAAAAACUAAAAGAUUUAAAGUUCCGGUACGAACCCGCGUGCAUAUCAGUCAGAGCCCACUUUUGAAAAAGUGUCAAAAAUUCAGUGAGAAAUGUACUGCCUGUCUUUAUAUACAUAGACUGGGGUUUAGAUUGAAGCUGAGUUUUUGGUUAGGGUUGUCAUUUGUCCGAAGUAGAAGUAAUAAAUAAAUUCUCGUACAAUCUAUUUUCAUCGAGCUACUAGGCUAUUGCCUUACACCAAGAAUAAAAAUCUCAUUUUGUAGAAAUUAUUUUUAACCAAAUUUUCACGUUUCAUAGUUAAAUUUAUUAGAUAAUUACUUAAUAAACAAUUAGUUGAAUUUCAUUAAAACCGAUUCCAUAGAUAGUUUAAUUAAAUUAAUCAUACUUUAAAAUAAUACUAAUAUAUAAUCAAAUAAUCGUUAACAAUAAGGCACGAAUAACUUACUGAAAGACUAUUAAUAGUUCUCAACAAUACGCACAGAGCUGUUAAUUAUUAUUAUUGAACAUAAUCUGUUAUAAUAAUAUCGUGUAUCUGAAUAAAUGUCUAUUUAUAUGUGUAUUUGGUAUUUGUAAUAUAAUAAGGAGCUGCGCAGCUAGCAAAGGGAACUGAAGGGAUUUACACGUAGUACAUUUAUAAUUCUACUAAAAUCAGAGAUCAUCUGUAAAAAUAUAAUAUAUUAGUAGUAAUAAGUGCAAUUGUUUUUACUUGUUACUUCCACAUAACUUUUUAAAACGCCGUACCUAAAAAAUAUGUUUGAUUAUCAAUACUAAUUUAUACUAAAAGUAUUAACAAACAGAUGCAUUUACAUUAAUAUAUAGUGCAUUCUAAAUAAUGCAUUUACUUCCUUUAUGUUACGAUUGUGAGUACUUGGUCUGUUAAGUUAGGUUUAAUUCUGCUGUAGUACUUUCUGUUGGAAGUUCUUUUUUCCUAUUCCUGUUUACCUUUGUCUGUAAACAUUACCACUACGACCAUCGUCUAAAUUCUACAUUUGGUCUAUAAAGUUGGUAGAACAGCUUAUAGAAGCUAGAACUUUCAACUUUUAUAAAAAUGAGCAGAAAGUGCUGUAUCUGAGUUUAGUCCUAAAGCUAAUUUAUUAGAUAUUAUGAUGCGAUUUUUUAUGAAUACCAAAAAAAAAUAUUAAAAUAUUAGUAUGUAUAGUUUUGUAAUUAGUCAGUUUUGUAUAUAAUUAGAAAAAAUAUAUAUAUAUACUUCAUAUAUAUAUUCUUAAUUAAAAUGUGUACUAUGUUAUAUUGUAUUUUAUACCAUAAAAGUGUAUGUCUAUAUAUUACGUUGAAUAUUAUAUUUUCAACAAAUAAUACACCUAUUGUCUGAUUUCAAAACAUUUGUAGGUUUUAAAAAUAGCGUAAAAUUGAAUAACUGUGUUGUUAUUUUUAUUGGUUAAAUAUUUCUGUCGACUAUUUAAGGAUAAUCAUAUAUGUACGAUUUCAGGUUUUAAUAUUUUAAAUAAAAUUUACAAUUGGACGAAAUUGCGUUCUUGUGUUAGACUAAGUAGAAAUAUAUGUUACCAAAAAAUAUCUAGUUGAUUCGCAUGAUCUUAGACCAAUUCAAUUGUUAUAAUUUGUCUAUCUUAUUAAUAAGAUAUUUUAUAUUAUUAUUUUUUUAAACUGUUUUUAAUAAUAUUCAUAACAUUAUGUAAUAUAAAUUAAUUAAUGUUAUUAAAUAUAAUUUUUUUAUAUAAUAUUUUUAAAGUUCCUAACAUAAAUCAACAGAAAUCCAAGAUAUUUUUUAAGGGCCAGAUAUAUGCAUGCUAUAAUUCAAAAACCUUCGUGAUAUUAACAAAUAUCAUAUAGAGAAAACGCAUGUAAUAUGAAUUAAGACCAAAUAAUAUUUUUCUUUGUAUUCUCUGUCCUUGUAUGUAUUCCGUAUUCAUACUAAAAACAAUAUUUUUAUAUAUUUACUCGAUUAAAUUAAGAAUUUUAAAAUCAUUACAAAGUGUGUAAAAUUCAAUAUUAGUCUGUUCCAAAAGUGACGUAACUUUCCACGUUAGGAAGGUUCAAUUUUUGACAUUUGCGACAUCAUAAUUCUCAUUCUCAUAUAGUACGACAUCCUGCAUAAGAAAUAUAUACCCUCGUCUGUUAUUUAAUUAGGAUAAGAAAUAAAUUAUGGAAAAUCUUCACAUUGACACAUUGCACAUAUGUUGCCUAGUUAAGUUAUAAAAUAUAAGACUAUUUUUAUUAAUAUAUUUAAUCUCCUUCCCUUAUUAGUAAAUUUAAAAAAAAUCGUACACAAGUUAGUAGGUUAAUAAGGUUGCCUGUUUUCACACUGCAACUGUGUUUAUAAAAACUAGUGUAGUAAAUAGAAUAAGGGUCCGAAAUAUAUCGAUAUCAAUUAUUGAAAGACCUAAAAAACCAAUUAUUGAAAGACCUAAAAAACCAAUUAUUGAAAGACCUAAAAAACCAAUUAUUGAAAGACCUAAAAAACCAAUUAUUGAAAGACCUAAAAAACUUAAUCUAAAUAUCACGAAUUUUUCAAAUUUUCCAAACAUCAAAAACGCUGGACUCCAUUUUGUGACGUCAAUAACACACUUGAUGUAUUAAACGUCGAACUAAUUGUUAACUAAUAUUUUUGACAUUUGUAUGGGAUUUAAUGUAGUGACGUCAUGAAACAGUUGAAAUAUAGACUGUCAUGACCGACAGGUGUUUUACGUACGACAAAAUAUGUUUCCAAGAUUUCAUAAUACGGAAAAUGAAUAGAAAGGCCACAUCGUUUUUGGAAAAUGUUUUAUUAGCCCAUUUCAAGGACUUAAAAAAUAAGCGUUCAUAUUUGUGGGCGCAAUAAUGAUAAUAAUUAUUAUUGUAAUAAAUAGUUCUCUUGUGUGUGUCUUUUUAUUUUGUUAGGAUCCCAUUUCAUGCGAUUAUAUAACGCAGAGUAUGUAACGUGCAUAAUUUGUCAUUAAAGCACUCGUAAACAGUCCAUAAAACUCACUUCGUUCGUUUUAUAAAAUGCAACUCGUGCUUUAAUGACCGUCAUGCAACCGUUUCAUAAUGUACUAUUAUAUACCGUCAUCAGUUAUUUAGUCGUAUAAUAUGUCAAAUGAAAGCUUAUUUUAUGUUUAAUUUAACUGUAUUCAUUUGCCUUUGAUCUAGUUUAUGGUUUACUAGAUUUUGUAUGAAAAACGUGUUUGGCCGCAAUUUGCAAUGUGUCACUGACUCACUGUGAACAUUAUUUAUCAUUUAUUUCACAGCACUAAUGAAUACAGAUGAGGUUACAUAUUUCUAAUGCCGGAUCUUGGACCAAUAGUCCCUUGCUUUAAAUGUCCGGGAAAUUUUUGAAAUGGCCAUGUUUAAACUCUGAAAUAUUUGACACAUUUUAUACUUUUAGUUUCAAAUAAGAUGCUGAAUAUUUUAGAGUUUGUUGUGUAAAAGAUAUAAUGUGUUUUCUGGGGGUUUUACUUUUAUCAUAGUGUUGUUAGGUCAGAAAUCGAUUUAAAAAAAUGCAUAUUCCCUAUUUAAGACCGUUUCCUUUAUAUUUUAUAAAAUUGGUAGAUAAAAUUAUUUCCUGUAUUUAUUACACAAAUGUACUUAAAAGUAAUAAUUUUCUGAGCAUAUUGAAUUUCUAUUUAACUUUAUGUACCCGUUUUAAUUAUUAUUGUUCCUUGAACACAGCCUGUCCACAAACUGUUUCUUGUUUAGCAAUAUACAUCAAUUGUAUGUGUUUACGUGGGUUGUAAUAAAUGUAGCCUGGAUAAA